AUGAGCAAUCCAAAUGACUAUGCCGUCGGAUGGAUCUGUGGACUUGGUGCCGACUAUGUUGCUGCACGGUCGUUUCUAGACGAGGUCCAUCCCGUGCCUCGCUCUGUAGCUGAACAUGACCGUAAUCGUUACACCUUGGGCAAGGUAGGCGGGCAUCUUGUUGUGCUCGCGGCCUCGCCUGAUGCCGAAUAUGGGAGUACCUCUGCUGCGCGUGUGGCUAAGGAUAUGCUGAGUACGUUCCCGAACAUCAAAAUCGGCCUGUUGGUUGGCAUCGGUGGUGGCGCGCCAAGCCAGAAGAACGAUAUCCGUCUCGGUGACGUCGUCGUCGGCUCUCCCCAGGACGGUAACGGUGGUGUUUUGUAUUAUGAUUAUGAGCAAAGCAUCCAAGACCAGGCCCUUCGACUCACUGGCCGCCUGAAUGAGCCACCGAUGGUCCUGCAGACAGCUUUGCACAGACUGGCUGGCGCUAGGGGCGAUGGGGAGAGCUAUAAACUUGAGCAGGCCAUUGACGAUGCCCUCAAGAAGAAGCCAGCCAGGCUCCAAGAAAACUACCUACGUCCAAGUGCAAGCAGGGAUCAACUGUACCGAAGCCAAGUCGUUUAUCCCUUAGAUGACAAUCACAAAUGCCCCGAAAUAUUCAGUGAUCACCCAUCACAUCUCGUGAAAAGGGCGGAUCGGUCCGAAUGCGAAGAGGGAAUCGCUGUGCAUUACGGGCUAAUCGCAUCGGCAGAGAGCGUAAUGAAGGAUGCAGCGGCUCGCGACAAGAUUGCUGAGGAAACAGGAGUGCUAUGUUUCGAGACGGGAGUUACGGGCAUGCCGAGCCGUUUCCCUUGCCUAGCUAUUCGUGGCAUAUGCGACUACUCAGAUAGCCACAGAAACAAGGAGUGGCGAGGCUAUGCCGCGAUGGCCGCUGCUGCCUUCACAAAGGGUCUCCUACAUCAAAUCGCCCCAAAUGAGAUCGAAGGGGAGACGACAGUCCUUGAACUGGACCCCUUUAAGACGGUCGAAGGACAAGAAGACACCGUCAUGGGUGGCACAGAGACUGGAGAAGGCAUUCUGACGCCAAAAUUAUCCGACGAAGAGGAGAAAUGUCUUCAAUUUCUCGGGCCCGCAACCAACAGCACCGACAAUUCCUACCAAUGGCAUAAGGACCGGGUAGACCAAGCGGCCGAACACACCUGUCAGUGGUUGCUUAAGCAUGAAGAAUUUGAUAAGUGGCUGAGACAGAAGCAUGGUCCGCUGCUCAUCACAGGAAACUCCGGGUCUGGAAAAUCUGUGCUGGCCAGAUAUCUGAUCGACCAGGGCCUACCUCAAUCACAAACAGAAACAGUUUGCUAUUUCUUCUUCAAUGGCCAGGGCCAGAACAAAGUGAAGCAGGCACUUCGUGCCGUGCUCCAUCAGCUUUUCCUCAAAAAGCCAUGUCUAAUACGGCAUGCUGUUAAACUCUUUCAAGAGAAUGGCACAUUUUUUACCAGCUCGACUUCAUCACUUUGGAAUCUCCUCCACGCUGCUACAAGUGAUCCCCAAGCGGGAUCUGUCAUCAUAGUCUUCGAUGCUCUGAAUGAUUGCGAUGUACUAGAUCUCGAAGACUUAGUGGAAGAAAUUCAAGUCCAGUUUCGGGAUGAGCAGCUAGGAGACAAGCAAUUGAAAUAUCUUCUCACGAGCCGUCCAUCCGAUAAACUCAUGUCCUCUUUGGAAAAAGGGGCAUCAUCAACAUACGCUCAUAUAUCUUUGGAGACGGAGCAUGAGGCAAUCCACCAAGAGCUAGAUUCUUUGAUUUCACUCCAUGCCGACAGGCUAUCGGACAAAAAGAUGCUUUCGGGCGAAACGAAAAAUUAUAUCAAAGAAACACUCACUUCUAAUGAGAAUAAAACCUACCUGUGGGUGGACCUCGUUUUCGACUACCUGGCAACAGAAGAGUUGGAUGGAUCAUCUAGCAGCAGCUAUGCCUCGCUUGAAACCCUUCCUAAGAGCGUCGAAGAAGUCUACGAGAAAGCUCUACAAAGGUCAAAGGAAUCUAAAAUGGUCCAGAAAGCUUUGGGCAUCGUUCUAGCCGCAGACCAGUUGAUGUCGGUCUUAGAGAUGAACGUUGCUUUAAACAUGGGCUAUGAAGUCAAAUCGAUUUGCGACCUCAACUUGGCAACCGAGAACGAGUUCAAGUCAAACCUCCUCUCUCUAGCUGGACUGUUCAUAUCCAUUCGCGACAACAGGGUUUCUUUUCGCCACAAAACUGCUCGCGAGUUUCUUGUCAAGGACAAAGAGUCACCCUCGUCGGCUGGUCGUGAACCACUGGAGCAUCAUUCAAUUUCUAUGUCUUAUGCAAAUGAGAGUAUGGCAGAGAUAUGUGUGCAAUACCUGAACUUGUUACCUUUCGGCGAGGGGGCCGAUAUACCAGCCAGACUUGCCUUUUUGCAUUACUCAGCCCGAAACUGGCUCAAGUUCUUCCGCAGGGCUGAGAUUACAGAUCACCAUCCCAUUCUACCACUAGCAGCUAGGCCCUGCGACCCCAGCUUGGAAGUCUUUCGUAUUUGGCUUAAAGUGAGUCAGGAGCAGGGGAUACUCAAGACCAUGACAAGCGCAACAGGUCUCCUCGUAGCAUCUCACUUGGGUCUGGCCCCAGUUGUAAACUUGUUUCUCGACCAGCCGCAUGACAUCGAAGAACGAGAUAAGCACUACGAACUGACGCCGCUUCUGUGGGCGGUUUCAUCUGAAAGCCACGACACCGUCAAAUUAUUGCUCGAGAAGGGAGCUGAUCUUGAGGCCAAGAACCCUUCCAAAGAAACGGCACUGACUUUGGCCGCCAGGCAGGGGCGCACGAGCAUCGCGAAACUGUUGCUCGAAAAGGGCGCAUGCUUCGACGUCAAGGAUGAAAAAAGCAAGUCUCCACUACUGGUUGCGGCCAUGAACAGGCAUACCGAGAUUGUCAGGCAUUUGCUUGACCUAGGAGCUGAGUUCGGGGAUAAAGGUAUCCAGAAAGCAUUAUGCCGAGCGGCAGAGUUUGGAACCACGUCCAUGGUUGAGUUACUGCUUGACAGAGGUGGAGACAUCGAAACAAAGGACAAAGAGGACUGCACCUUAUUAAUUUUGGCAGCCAAAAAUGGGCAUGAAGAUACUGUGAAGUGCCUUGUGGAGAGGUCUGCCAAGAUCGAGGAAGCAGACGAGCUAGGCAGAACCGCUUUAUCAUGGGCUGCAGGGGAUGGGAACCUAGAGACGGUUGAAUAUCUCCUUGAAAAGGGCGCUCAAAUUGGUUCGACUGAUCUUGGUGGCCAGACGGCUCUGUCGUGGGCCGCCAGCAAAGGACGUGUCGAUGCCAUGAAGUGCCUUUUCGAAAACUCUCCUUCUGUGAUUAACUCUACAGAUCACGAGGGGCGAAAUGCUUUCUUAUGGGCUGCUUUAGCUGGCCAGGUAAAGUCCAUGGAGUAUCUGUUUGGCAUAUCUGAUGACAUACUUGGCUCGGUGGACGAGCUGGGAAGAAAUGCUCUGUUGUUGGCUGCCAUAGGCGGUGAUGCCGACGCUGUGAAAUACUUGUUGGGAAAAUCCGCUACUCUUAUUGGCUCAGUUGACAACAGUGGAAGAAACGCUCUGUCGUGGGCGGCCGAGAAUGGGCACAAAGACAUCAUACAGCAUUUUCUUGGGAAGGAUGCCAGCGUUGAGUCUGAAGACGCCACCGGAAAGACUGCUUUAUCUUGGGCAGCCGAAGCUGGACAGACUGAUAUUGUUGAAUAUCUUCUGGAGAAGGGCGCUGAAGUCAAGUCUACAGAUAGCAGUGGUCGGACGGCCUUAUCAUGGGCGGCUGGGAGAGGACGCACAUCUACACUCAUCUGCCUCGCUAGUAUGGGUCUCUCAAUCGGCUCGGUGGAUAAGAAUGGCCGGACGGCUCUGUCGCGGGCUUCAGAGAAUGGCUAUGAAAGCACUGUUAAAUAUAUCCUCGGCAGGGGCGAGAAGAUUGAUUCGGCUGAUAAUACAGGCCGGACUGCCCUUUCAUGGGCCGCCGCAAACGGACGCGAAAGUCUCGUCAGCUAUCUUCUCGGCAAAGGCGUUGAGGCUGACUCCGCAGAUGGAGCCGGACGGACAGUCUUGUCAUGGGCUGCAGGUCACGGACAUACAAAUGUCGUGAAAAUGCUUCAGUCAGCUGGAGCCAACAUCAACUCGGUAGACCAGCGAGGCUGGACGCCCUUGUGGUAUGCCGUUGCGGGAGGACACGAAGAUGUUGUAGCUCAUCUGACGAUGGAUGGUUGUGAUAUCAAAUGGUUAGAUCAGGAGGGCCAGUCGCUUCUGAAACAGGCCCUUUUGGGACGCAGUGAGGGUGUCGCACUGCAACUGCUCCGAAAGGGAGCCAGCGUUGACACCAUGUCCAAGCCUGGCCGGAGUCUGCUCUCCGAGGCCGCUGAAGAAGGGCAUGCGGACGUUGUCCGGUUUCUAUUGGAAAAUGGAGCAAACGUGGAAUCCAAGGAUCAAAGUGGCAGGACACCUUUAUCUUUGGCUUCAGGAGGAGGACGUCAAGACGUUGUUCAACUCCUUCUCACAAAGGGUGCAAAUACAGAGUUGGCAGAUCAUCAGGGACGAACGCCAUUAUCAUGGGCUUGUUGGAAGGGACACCAACCGGUUGUACAACUACUGGUCGACAGCGGCGCCGAUAAAGAUGCAUCUGAUGACCAAGGCCGAACUGCUCUAUGGUAUGCCAACUUCAGUAAUUUUGGUGAGGAAGGACCAAUUGCGAGAAUACUUCAAGAUGGUGGUGGCAGUAUCUAG